AUGAUUGACCCAAUUUCUGGUUCAUGGGAUCUCCCUAUUCUACAUGAUCUAUUUGACCAUACCGAUGUCGAACGCAUCUUGAAGAUUCCGAUCAGUUCUGAGUAUGAGGACUCCUGGUUCUGGGAUAGAGACCCAAGGGGUUGCUACACAGUCAAGGAUGGGGACAGACGCAUUAUUGGCACCUAUGUUACCACCCCGGGAACUUUUGAUAAUUGGCUACAUCUCUGGAAAAUUAAAUCCCCUACAAAGUGGAAAACAUUUGUUUGGAGAACCCUCACCAAUAUCCUUCCAACCACUACCAACUUGAUUAUAAAAAGGGUGGAUGUUGAUCCACAAUUCCCAAUGUGUGGGAUUGUGCAUGAGAAUAUUAUGCAUGCAUUAAUUUUGUGUGAUUUCUCAAGAUUAGUUUGGCAUGAGUCUACUUUACACAUUUCUAGUGUGGUUGGGGAUGACUUUGGAGUGUGGUUUAAUAAUGUUUUGUCUGUGUUUACUGAGGACGAAAUCCUUGUGACCUUGGCAGUUCUAUAUUACAUUUGGAAGGCUCAAAAUAUGGCUGUUUGGGAAGGUUCGUUGCCGCGGCCGAAACGGACCUGGCAGAUGGCACAAGCAGCUGUGACCGCAUGGCGCCAUGUGCAUCCACUGCAGCACCAGAAUCUUGUAGCUUCAACUCCAGACGUCCCAACAGCUCUCACAUCCCACGUUGGAGUACACCCACCGAAGUGUUAUUUCGAUGCGGGAUUUCAAGCUGCCACGAAGAAGUCGACAGCAGGGGCGGUGCUCAUCUCGGCCGAUGGUGCAUUCCUCGCGGCAUUCAGUGCGCCCUUGGCGGAUUGUUUCUCACCACUCAUGGCUGAAUCUAUGGCAUGCACGGAGGUACUUUCUUGGCUACGAAAUCGGGGGGCUACUUCCGUUGAUCUCUACACAGACUGCUCCAACUUACGUCGUUUGUUAACGACACAGAAUACCAAUCUUUUUUCAUAUGUUGCUUUUUCUAUUGAUGCUGCUAGAACUAUUAUGUCUACUUUUACUUAUUGCUCAGUUAGUUUGAUUCCUAGAACUGCUAAUCAAGCAGCCCAUACUUUAGCAGCCACGGCAUAUGCUUAG